UCAGGUCAGCAAAAGUCACGAUAUCAAUAUCACCGCCUUGCCACUUCAUUGGGGGAAGGUUGUUUCUGGAUGAUGUUCUCAAGCCAUUCACCUUCUGCGCAGCUAGCAGAGCAUUCGUGGGGUGGAAACCAAAAAUCUCGGUUGGCUUCCCAAGGAGAAGGAGUCAUGUCCAAAACCCAGGGACAGUUUAUGUGUCCAGAUGAUUGACUUUGGAAAGUAGGGCCAAAUGGCACGCCACUGAUGUGGCAAAAUAUCCCAAGUCGGCUCGCUUUCCUUUUGUAAUGCCUUUUGGGAAGGGGUCUUGUAUGUGUGCCAUGUUGCUGCUUAACGGGGAACCAUGUCUUGGGGAGAGAGGGAAGGGCUCUGAGCGAGAGAGGGGGUUUGGGACUAACGGUGGGUGCCAAGAAUCCGGGAGGGUCCCGAGAAGGCUGGCGGUUUGAUUUAAAUCGAUGCAAUGUCGGGAGGGGCCGUGUCCCAGUGUUGCCAGCAUAUACCUGCUUUAGCAAAAGGUCCCUUGUUCUGUUGCAUUCCUUUGAGAAAACAAAAUAAGAGUUCCAAGCUUCUCUAGCUUUUGUGUCCUUCUAUCCGAGGGCUACUUUUGUCAAGAACUGUUUUGUUGUUCAUGCUAGUUCGUGCAUAAAAGUCUGCUGCGGACAGUCUACACAGUGGGCAAAGCACCUGGUUCGGAAGGAAUUAGGUGACAGCUAUAUACCAAAGUGUCGCACGGCUCCGUGUACUGAGAUUAGAUGCUGUGCCGUUGUGUUUUUGGAUACAUUCCUAUUGAAUAUCCAUGAUUUGACCAGAUGUUUCAGGCGGAUUGCUUAACUGGCGAUGUUAUGAAUAUGCAUGGCGUGGCAACUGUCCUCUGCUCAAUCGGUGGGAUUUGUAACUCCCUUUAUUGGGAGUUGCAUACAUCCCGAUGGCAGAUGAUAGUGCGGCCCGCGGCGGCUUGGAGCAGCUCGGAGGAACUGCGCCUAAUGGCGCUCGUCGCUUCUGGGGAGAGGCUCUCGGUCUGCCCUCACCUACUCAGGUCUGUAAUCCGAAGAAACCGAUGCGGUGGCUCUGCCUCCGUCGGUUGCUGGUUUUGCUUGUAAAUGAGAUUCUGUAGGUUCUGUUCCUGUGCAGAUUUGAAAAUGCAAACGAGGUGCUGAAAGCAGCCCAGAGGCUAAAAUAUGUAUUCCUGGCAGCUGUGCCUCCCUCAUUUGAAUGUGGCACUUUUGUAGGCGGUUAGAGAGAUGCCUUCCCCAGAGCAACGUUAGAGGGGCUUUAGCCAUCUCAGGCCUUUGCCUCUGUGAUUGCUUUUCUGCAGCUACUGGAAACUUCAAAUAUAAUUUAAACAUGAAGGUCUAUUCUUGCUCCCUAUUAAUGAUGCAUCCAUAUGUAAUUUUAAAGAAAAAGGAAGAACCGUAAAUCCAUCUCGUUUUUUAUUCUGGUUUCUCUCACGGGGAAUAUACUUCCCACUCCCGCAAUUUGCCUUUGGUUUGCUCGCAGACUUAGUGGUGGAAUUCAGGCCAAACAGACCUUCAGGAGAGUGAAAGCUGCUGAGAUUUUUUUUUUUUUGUUCUGCUGACUGUUCGUGCCAGCUGUCUGCCCGGUGAGCUCAGGCACAGCCACCUCACUUGUGCGAGAUUCUGCUUGUCGAAAGGAGAAGUCACAGUGCUGGAAGACCUAGUCCUCUUCUGGACUGUAUUUCUCUGUGGCGGUGACUCAUCUCCACUUCCAGCGAAAAGCAAUGCUGAGCAGCACAGCCGUGAGCCCAGCUCCGGCUCGCUGACAUUUCCAUCUGAAUCCACCUGAAGGGGGUGAGCUUUUAGGGAAGAAAGAGGCUUCUCUCCCACUCCAGGCCAGAAUCUGAUCUCCAGAUUAGCUUGCUGGUUAUCAAUACGGGCAACAGUUGUGAUUGCAACUCAACACUCCUCCAGCCCUGGAACAGCACUGAAGAAAACGGACUUUUCAUUUGCGAGCGCAAGGGGAGUGAGACAUCAUUUCAGUCAUCAGCAAUAAUUGGCAAAGGAGGACCGGCAUGCAUUCUCCAUUGACAUAGGAUUUCUCCCUGGUCUACCAAGAUCGGUCUAAAAUUUCAGACCUGAUUGCUCCUCUAGUCUACGAAACAGGAUGAACAAGCGAUCGUUUCUCGGAACCUGGGUGGCCCUUUUGGUGAUAACUGUGCGGCAGCGAGCUCACGCCAUGGCGAGUCUGUAUCCGUUCUGGCAGAACGACACAAAAACGCCCAAAGUUGAUGAUGGAAGCUCUCCCGAGAUCAAGAUCUCCAUCCCAUUCAUCUUUUUUGGAGCCCCGUACAGAAGCGUUUAUGUCAACAACAACGGCGUGAUUUCCUUCAAUGCGCUAGUCAGCCAGUUCACGCCAGAAGCCUUCCCCCUGACAGACGGCCGGGCCUUCGUCGCACCCUUCUGGGCGGACGUGCACAACGGCAUCCGGGGAGAAAUCUACUACAGGGAAAGCACAGAACCCGAGCUGCUGAGGAGAGCCUCCAAAGACAUCCGCAAGCACUUCAGAGACAUGUCCUCUUUCUCCGCCAUCUGGAUCUUCAUCGUCACCUGGGAGGAAGUCACUUUCUACGGAGGAAGCAGCACGACUCCGGUGAACACUUUCCAAGCUGUCCUGAUCACAGACGGAGUGUUGUCUUUUGCCAUAUUUAACUACCAUGAAAUCAGCUGGACUACGGGGACAGCCAGCGGAGGGGACCCCCUGACCGGUCUCGGUGGGGUGAUGGCCCAGGCUGGCUUCAAUGGUGGAAAUAUCACCAACUUUUUUAGCAUCCCGGGCUCUAGAACCCCAGACAUAGUCAAUAUCGAAGAAACGACCAACGUUAAUGUCCCUGGGCGCUGGGCUUUCAAAAUAGAUGGCAGAGAAAUAGAUCCGGCCAAUGGCUGCAGCCUGAGAGGACAGUUUCUCCGUCAAGGGGAGAUCUUCUGGGACAACGCCAACUGCACCACCAAGUGCCGCUGCCUGGACUUCAGCAACGAGAUCUUCUGCCAGGAGAUGGCUUGCGGCCCCUUUGAAGCAUGCGAGCCGAAGACCAAGUUCUUCCAGUGCGUGCCGGUGGAGAGCAGCACCUGCGUGGUGUUUGGAGAUCCACAUUACCACACCUUCGAUGGCUUCCUCUUUCACUUCCAGGGUUCCUGCUCCUACCUCCUCGCCAGGCAGUGCUGGCCAGGCUCCCAGCUGCCCUACUUCAACGUGGAGGCCAAGAACGAGAACCGAGGCGCCUCCUCUGUCUCCUGGCUGAGGGAUAUUUUUGUGGAGGUCUACUCGCACAAGAUCGUCCUCCCCAAGGGCAGCUUUGGGAAAGCAAAGGUGGAUGACUUGGUGGUGUCCCUACCCAUCUCUCUGGAACUGGGCGCAAUAAAAGUCUACCAAAGCGGCUUGUCCACAGCCCUGGAAACUGACUUUGGCCUGCUGGUGACUUACGACGGACAACACUAUGCCUCCGUCUCCGUUCCAGGCACAUAUAUCAAUGCCACGUGUGGUCUGUGCGGGAAUUACAAUAAAGACCCUGAGGACGAUACCCUCCGCUCAGACGGGAGGUUGGCUGUGUCUGUACCGGACCUGGGCGAGAGCUGGCAAGUGCCGCACCCCGAGCGGAAAUGUUCGCCUGGCUGCUUGGACAACUGCAGCCUCUGCGAUGCUGCCACGGAGUCUCUCUAUUUCACCUCUGAAUACUGUGGCUUCAUCAACAAGAGCGGCGGGCCACUGUGGGAGUGCAGUGCCAUCGUGGACCCCACCGCCUUCGUCCACAGCUGUGUCUACGACCUCUGCAGCGCACGGGAUAACGGCACUGGCCUGUGCCAAGCCAUCCAGGCGUAUGCCACGGUGUGCCAGGCCCUGGGCAUCUCGGUGGGAGAGUGGCGCGCCCAGACGGGAUGCGCGAUGGCCGUGUGGUGCCCAGCUCUCAGCCACUACUCGGUGUGCACCAGCAGCUGCCCUGCCACAUGUUCAGACCUCACGGCUCCGCUGGCCUGCGCCUCCCCGUGCGCCGAAGGCUGCGAGUGCAACGAGGGCCACGUCCUCAGCAUGGACCGCUGCGUCCCCAUCCAGAAGUGUGGCUGCGAUGUGGACGGCCGGUAUUAUGCCAUCGGGGAGUCUUUCUGGGCGGCAGCAGACUGCACAGUGGAGUGCCAGUGUGAGGAUGGCGGGGAUGCCAGGUGCUUUAACACCACCUGCCCUGAAGGAGAGGUCUGCACCAUUGAGAACGGCUACCGGGGCUGCUACCCCAAGCGGGAGAGCCUGUGUUUGGUGGGGCAGAACCAGGUGCUGCAGACAUUUGACGGCGUCACCUUUCCCUAUCCGCUGGAGCACUCCUACACGCUGCUCAAAACCUGCCCGGAGAGACCGGACUUCAUUGAAGUGGACAUCAGCCAAAAGAAGCCCGGAUCCACUCCCAACGGGCCGCGCGUCGUGCGGAUCCAGGCAGUCGGCCAGGAGGUGAAGAUUGGAGGCACCAGCCUGUCAGAGAUCAAGGUGAACGGUUAUGACGUGGAGCUGCCCUAUUUCCACCCUUCCAGCCGCCUGGAAAUCUACCGUAGCGACAACGGCACCAUGAUGGAGUCAGAGGGGCUCCUGGCUAUUGGCUACUAUGAUUCAGGCCUCCUGGAGAUCCACCUCUCCACCGCCUACUUCAACUGCACUGGGGGCCUGUGCGGCUUCUUCGACGGCAAUGCCAGCAAUGAAUUCUGCCUGCCCAAGGGCAAGUGCACAGACAACCUGGAGCUCUUCCUGGAGAGCUGGACCACAUUCGAUGAGAUCUGCAACGGGGAGUGUGGGGACCUCCUCAAGGCCUGCAACAACGACUCAGAGCUGCUCAAGUCCUACAGGAGCCGCUCCAACUGCGGCAUCAUCAAUGACCCUACCAACAGCUCCUUCCUGGAGUGCCACGGCGUGGUCAACGUCUCGGCCUACUACAGGACGUGCCUCUUCCGUCUGUGCCAGAGUGGAGGCAACCGGUCGGAGCUGUGCGACUCGGUGGCACGCUACGCCAGCGCCUGCAAGAACGCCGAGGUGGACAUCGGCCAGUGGAGGAGCCACAGUUUUUGCCCUCUCGCCUGUCCAGAGAACAGCCAUUUCGAGGAGUGCAUGAGCUGCGUGGAGACCUGUGAGACCCUGGCGACAGGCCCUGUCUGCACGGACGCCUGCGCAGAGGGCUGCCAGUGUGACGAGGGCUUCGCCUUCCGUGGCACACGCUGUGUUCCCCGCGGCGAGUGUGGCUGCAAUUUCGAGGGGCGCCAGCUGGCCACCAACCAGACCUUUUGGAUGGACAUCGCCUGCCACUUCCUCUGCUACUGCAACGGCUCCGACAACAGCGUGUACUGCGAGAACGUCUCCUGCAAGGACGACGAGUACUGCCUGGAGGAGAACGGCCUCUACUACUGCCAUGUCCGCACUGACGCCUCCUGCAUCAUCUCUGGCUAUGGACACUACCUGACGUUUGAUGGCUACUCUUUUGACUUCCAGAGCAGCUGCGCGUUGGUCCUGUGCACCACGAUAGCCCGGCCAAGGUCGGAGCGCUCGGACACUUUCCCGGCAUUCACCGUCACAGCCAAGAACGAGGAUCGGGACACCUCUCUGGCCCUGUGGGUGAAACAAGUCGAAGUGGAGGUCUUCAAUUACAACAUCGUCAUCCACCGAGCCUACAAAUAUACUGUGCUGAUCAACGAUGAGCGUCUCUACCUGCCCCUGAAACUGGGCCAGGGCAAAGUGAAUAUCUUUGCCUUCGGCUUUCACAUCGUGGUCGAGACCGACUUUGGGCUGAAGGUGGUGUACGACUGGAAGACCUUCCUCUCGGUCACCGUCCCACGCAGCUUCCAGAACCUGACCUACGGCCUCUGCGGCCGCUACAAUGGCAACCCCGAAGACGACCUGGCAGCCAUGGGUGGCACGCCAGCUGCCAGCGUCGCUGACUUUGUCCAGAGCUGGGCAAAGCGGGAUGCGUUCUGCCGCGUGGGCUGCGGUGACCGCUGCCCCGCCUGCGGGAAGGUGGAAGGCUUCUGGAAACCCCAGCAGCUCUGCAGCCUCAUCCCGAGCCAAAGCGGUGUCUUCGCCAAAUGCCAUAGCAAGAUCAGCCCCGGCUUCUUCUACAAGAACUGCCUUUUUGACACCUGCGUCGAUGGGGGAGCCAUGCAAACGGCCUGCAGCUGGCUGCAGAAUUAUGCCAGCACAUGCCAAACGCAGGGCAUCGCCAUUACUGGCUGGAGGAACUUCACCUCGUGCUCCGUCAGCUGUCCCCCCAACAGCCACUACGAGAGCUGCGUGUCCCUGUGCCAGCCCCGAUGUGCCGCCAUCCGGCUCAAGAGUGACUGCAGCCACUACUGCGUGGAGGGAUGCCAGUGCGACCCCGGGUACGUCCUCAACGGCAAGAGCUGCAUCCUUCCCCACAACUGCGGCUGCUACUCCGACGGCAAAUACUAUGAGCCCAAGCAGCUCUUCUGGAAUGGAGACUGCACCCGCCGGUGCCGCUGCUUCCGGCGCAACCUCAUCCAGUGCGACCCGCGGCACUGCAAGUCGGACGAGGAGUGCGCCCUGCGCAAUGGUGUCCGUGGCUGCUUCAGCACCAGGAGCUCCUUCUGCCUGGCAGCAGGUGGCGGCGUCUUCCGUACCUUCGACGGGGCCUUCCUCCGCUUCCCCGCCAACUGCGCCUUCGUCCUCUCCACCAUCUGCCAGAAGCUGCCCGACUUCUCCUUCCAGCUCAUCAUCAAUUUUGACAAGUGGUCCUCGCCCAACCUCACCAUCAUCUCCCCCGUGUACUUCUACAUCAACGAGGAGCAGAUCCUCAUCAGUGACAGGAAUACCGUCAAGGUGAACGGCAGCCACGUGAGCAUCCCCUUUGUCACGGGGCUUUCCACGAAGAUCUUCAGCCAGGAGGGCUUCCUGGUCAUCGACUCCAGCCCCGACAUCCAGAUCCGCUACAACGGCUUCAACGUCAUCAAAAUCACCAUUGGGGAGCGGCUGCAGAACAAGGUGUGCGGCCUCUGUGGCAACUUCAACGGUGACCGGACGGAUGACUACGCGACGCUGCGGGGGAAGCCGGCGGUCAGCAGCGUACUGCUGGCGCAGAGCUGGAAGACCAACGGCAUGCAGAAGAGCUGCAACGAGCUACAGUACUCGCAGUACGCCGCCUCCUGCGACAACGUCCAGAUCCAGGAGCUGCAGAGCGACAGCUACUGCCUGAAGCUGACGGACAUGAAAGGCUUCUUCCAGCCCUGCUACGGCCUCCUGGACCCCCUGCCCUUUUACGAAUCCUGCUUUCUGGACGGCUGCUACAACCACAAGAAGGUCCAGCUGUGCGGCUCGCUGGCUGCGUACGGCGAGGCCUGCCGUACCUUUGGCAUCCUGGGCACUGAGUGGAUCGAGAAGGAGAAUUGCUCAGGAGUGGUGGAAGAUCCCUGCGUGGGCGCCGACUGCCCCAACCGCAGCUGUGAACUGGACAAUGGCGGGGAGCUGUGCGGCUGCAUCGAGCCCCCGCCCUACGGGAACACCACCCAUGACAUAAUUGAUGCGGAGGUGACCUGCAAAGCCGCCCAAAUGGAGGUGUCCAUUUCAAAGUGCAAGCUGUUCCAGCUGGGCUUUGAGCGUGAGGGGGUGAGGGUCAACGACCGCCACUGCCCUGGCAUCGAAGGGGAGGACUUCAUCUCCUUCCAGAUCAACAACACCAAAGGCAACUGUGGCAAUGUGGUGCAGUCAAACAGCACACACAUAGUGUACAAGAACACAGUGUGGAUCGAGAGCGCGAACAACACAGGCAAUAUCAUCACCCGGGACCGGACCAUCAACGUGGAGUUUUCCUGUGCCUACGAGCUGGACAUCAAGAUCUCCCUGGAUUCGGUCGUGCGGCCGAUGCUCAGUGUGAUUAACCUGACGGUGCCAACGCAAGAAGGGAGCUUCACGACCAAGAUGGCCCUGUACAAGAAUUCAUCCUACAAGCACCCCUACCGGCAGGGUGAGGUGGUGCUCACCACCCGGGACGUGCUCUAUGUGGGGGUCUUUGUCGUCGGGGCCGAUUCCAACCACUUGAUCCUGAUGCUGAAUAAGUGCUAUGCUACCCCCUCGCGGGACAGCAACGACAAGCUGCGCUAUUUCAUCAUCGAGGGAGGGUGCCAAAACAUGAAGGACAACACCAUCGGCAUAGAGGAGAAUGGGGUGUCGUUGACGUGUCGCUUCCACGUCACCGUCUUCAAGUUCAUCGGGGAUUAUGAUGAAGUUCACCUCCACUGCGCUGUCUCCCUCUGUGAUUCGGAGAAAUACUCCUGCAAAAUAAACUGCCCUCAGCACACGAGGAAGGCCAGCGUGUUUGCCGAGGAGCCCAAGGAGCAGAUCAUCUCGGUGGGGCCUAUUAGAAGGAAGCGAUCAGACUGGUGCGAGGACAACGGAGGCUGCGAGCAGAUCUGCACGAGCCGGGCGGACGGACCCCUGUGCAGCUGUGUGACGGGGACGCUGCAAGGGGAUGGCAAGAGCUGCAGGGCCUCCAGCUCUUCAGGGGAGCGCCGUGCCCGAGUGACCCUUCUGGUGGCAGCCCAGCUGUGGUUAUGGCUGUGGUUGUGGCUGUGCGCAGCUCUGCGGGACCUGACCUCGUAGGUGCGGCUCCACCGCCCAGCCAAGUACUGUUCUCACGUCAGCCUGAGUCUUUGUAGGGUAGGAGACAGCACCCCCACAGCGGCCAAGCUGCCUCCGACCCAUCCUGCUGCAUGGAGGCAAGAGAGGGACUUGAUAUGGAGAGAGAUUGGAUGUGGACCGUGAAGGUGUUGUGUGGCAGGCGCAGCUGGAUGUUUGCCAGCAUCGAUGUGGGACUUGGGGUUUUUUUGCAGCUUUCCAUCAUCGAUGUGGGACUUGGGGGGGGGGGUUACAGCUUUUUCCCAGGCUUUCCCUCAUAGAACGCACUGUAGGCGGCCCGCACCCCUGUCGGUAGCGUGGGAUGGGACGGAGCGCAUGCCGUCCCCUCGCAUGGAUGGCCGCGAGUCUCCACAGUCCUCAGGAGCUGCCAUCAGUGUCUUGCGAGCACACGGACUCGGCCAGAGGUAGGUGUUGCAGCACAGGUCAUGGGCUGGAGUGGCACGACAUCGUCGUCGGAUGUCGUGACACCUUGGGAGUGCGUUGCCCUCUGGCUCUCCAGAGCAGAGGUCUCGUUGAGGUGCGUGGUGGAGGGCCGAGCUCAUCCCCGGGGAUCUGGGAAGCCUCUUAGUGCGCUGUGGUGGUGACAAGCCAGUCCCAAUGUUUGGAAAGGGGUGCUUUCUGAUGGGCAGGAGUGAGAGCCAGAGAAAUGAGGGACGGAACUCCCUCCCUUGUUUGCGUGGUGUGCCGUGGCAGAGUUUUUUGAGGGUGAGAGCAGGGUCGGGGUCCGUGGGCACGGGGUGGCGUCGGGACACCCGGCGGUAGAGUUGAGAGUGGCCUGGGGGUGCCGGUGGGUGUGGGGGAGACUGUCUGUGUCGGUGUCUUGUCUUGUGUUUGUACUCUGUGAAAUGGCUGUGUGGGAAUAAAAAGCGUCGUAAUCCUUC